AGUACAGUCCACUAAACCAAUCGUACAUUGAUAUUUAAAGGAUGAAGAAUCCCAUUUUCGUUUCUGUCCAGAUCUGAUCCGAAGAGCAGCACAUCACAGGAAAACCGUUAAAGGGUGGAUACCUUAUUGGCUUAAACAAUAGUUGCAUCUAAAUGGGGACGGGGGAGAUCUGCUGAAGUUCUAGAUAGAUUAAUCUAAUAGCUGCGAGAGGCUUCUCAAAAAUUAUUUUGAACAGUGCAUCUAGGUGUUAGAUUUACGAGGUUUCUACACGAUCAGGUUAUUUCCAUAGCAUUCUCCUAUGGGCACCAAUCAGGAUUUUGUUGGCUUUUUGUUAAGAAGUUCAAGAUCAGAGAUCAUGGGUCGUGGAGUCAGCAGCGGUGGGGGACAGAGUUCUCUUGGCUACCUAUUUGGAAAUGGAGAGGCUCCAAAACCCACAACAAACAAUGCUGCACCUCCUCAAAACCAGGGACAGGUCGCAAGCAAUGGGCUUGCUCAAAAGCCUACUACUGCCCCUACUGCCCCUAUUGCCCCUUCUGCCCCUGCACCACCAGUAGAUAUUACUAAGCAAAUUCCAGCUGGCAUCCAGGGGAAUCCUGCAAACAACUAUUUUCGAGCUGAUGGUCAGAACAGUGGCAACUUCAUCACGGAUCGACCUUCAACUAAGGUCCAUGCAGCCCCAGGUGGUGGAUCGUCCUUGGGUUAUCUGUUCGGCGGUGGCAGCAACUAGCGCCUUGUGCCAUCAAAAAAUGAUUGGCUGCUCACUGUGACUGCGUCCCUCCAAGUUUGGGACAAACAAUUUGUCCAUCUUUUAGACGCUGCAGACGAUGAUUUGUAUCAUGUUAUAUAGUGUUUUCCGUUGUCUGAAAUGUUGAGAAUUGCUUAAUUGUACUUGUGGUGUUUGAUGAAUGAAGAAUCUCCAAAUCUCUGGCUUACCAUUUGUCAAUUCAGUUAAAUUUGUUUUAUCCUUGUAAUAUAUUGAUUCUAUUGCGUGUUAAUAAUUUAAUGGGAAUGUUUUAUGAUUA